CUUCUAGUCAUGCAGCUGGUGAUCCGCCGGUACCGUCCCUCAGACAAGGACCCAGUACUCGCCCUGUUCAGCAUCAGCUUCCGGGAGCACAUUGGUCCAUGUUUUCAAAAAGCCAUGACCAGCCCGCUCUACCUGGCCAUCACCCUGGCUCUGGGUGUCACUGGCUACCUGCUGGGCUCCGUGUUAGGGGCUGUGGUGUUACCGGGAGCCUGGGUGGGCCUUGUGUACUUCUGCUGUCAUGAGCAUUAUGCCGGCUUCAUCAGGGAGAAACUCCAGACGGACAUGCAGGAUAUCACUGGGAACUAUCUGAGCAGACCGGAUGACUGUUUCUGGGUGGCAGAGGCUGAAGUUGAUGGGAGGGCCCAGAUCGUAGGUAUGGUGGCUGUAGUGGCCAAACAAAGUGGGAAAGAAAGACAUGGGGAACUGUUCAGGAUGGUCAUCUCAUCAUCGUGCAGACGAGUAGGCCUGGGCUUCAGGAUGGCUCAGACUGUGAUUGACUUCUGUAAGGAACGAGGCUUCUCCAAGGUGGUGCUGAAGACCAGCUCUAUGCAGACCGCUGCUGUGGCCCUGUACACCAAACUGGGGUUCAGCUACGUCCUCUCACACACCGAAACACUGGGUUCUGUUUGGUUUCAAACGAUGGCCAAGGUGUCAAUUUUGAAAAUGGAAAAACACCUAUAGACCUGACAUAAUAAUAAUCUUAAUUAGAUGUUUCAUUUAUAUUCCUCUGUAUCAGUGCUGUAAGCUUUUGCAUCAAUAAUACUUCACUGAAACCUCCAAAAAAAUACAAAGUAUCAACCUUUAAUGGCCCUGUACACCCGCGCAAGAGGAAUGAUCAAAAGUGUUAAUCAAUAUAUUGUGGCUAAAAGAAAAACAUAUCCAACCUCUCAGACUAACAUUUUACCCAGCCCUG